CAACAUCAACCAUUUUCCUUUACCAUUAAUCUCUCAUUACUUUCCUGUUGUUUUCACCAGUUUUUGCUAAUUUGCUUUGUUUUCCACAAACUUUCGCUGAAUCGCUGCUUUUAAGCCAUUGCAAUCAACCUCAGUUAUAUAAAUAAUACAAAGAACACACUAAUUCAACUCAAUUCCCUGUUUUCCUUUACCUCUCUUUGUUCUAUUUCUCUCUCUCUCUCCCUCUGUCUCUCGUCCUUAUUAUCCCUGAUUCUUGUUCUUGUUCUUGUUCUUCUGUUCCUGUUCCUCUGUUAUAUCAUCCCCAGCUCUAUUAUACCCCAUUAUAUUGCUGUUUUUAACUCAGUUCCACCCAUCCUCAUCCCACAAUAUACAUCUUCUUGUCACCUUAUCACCUUAUCACCCUAUUGUCUUAUACCUCUUUCUUGCUCACAAUGACUGGCGCUACUUUGACUUUAUCCAAUAACAAGGAAAACGAAGACAUAAUUGCCAACAACAUCUUGAAAAAGAUCAAAAUAUCGAAAAUCUCAAGAAAGCUAAAACUAAAGCUAUUAAACGCUGGAAUCAAACUACAAAAUAACAAUAAUAUCUCCACAAAUAACAAAAUCACUAAAAACCAUUCAAACCAUUCAAGCCAUUCAAGCCAUUCAAACCACUCAAAUCAUUCAAACAAUCAAAAGACUUUAUCUGAUAAAAUCAUUUUGAUCAACAACAAAAAAUUAAACAACAAUAACAACAAUAACAACAAUAACAACAAUAACAACAAUAACAAUAGUAAUAAUAAUAAUAACACUAAUAGUAACACUAAUAGUAACACUAAUAGUAACCAAAAUGCUAAUCAAAAUAAAAAAAUCGAUUAUCCAGUCAAAAAAACUUUCAAAACCUCAAAUUACUCAAACUCCACUUCUUCAAAUAACAAUGAAUCAACAAAAGAAUCCUUAAAUUCUUUAUUAGCCACCCCGAAACCAACUAUCGAUAAUAACGAAAACAACAUCAAUCUCAACACAAUCGAUUAUUUAAAUUUUCUAACUCCCUCAAUCAAUUUAAAUGACCAAAACUUAUCCCUAAAUUCAAACUUGCUAAAUUCCAUUAAAUUCACAAACAUCAACUCUCCUUCAACUAUCAUCAAUAAAUACUCAAACAAUAACAAUAUCAUCACCUCUAAUAAUCCCAACAUCGAUCCCAACAGUAUAUCUAAUUUCAACAACCCAAAUAUCAACAAUAACUUGAUCGGUUUCAAUCUAAACCUCACCUCCCCAAAUACUAAUCUUUUCUUAAAUGGCAGUCCCAAUUUCUUCCAACUAACACCCAAAUUCAAUUCUUUUGAAUUUAAUAACAAUAUUAUCAACACUGCAAAUACAAACCCAGUUUCAAAUAAUAAAUCAACUUUUUUAAUACCCGCUACUCCAAUUCAACCAAUUCAAGAAACUUCCAUCAAUAAUAAUCUUAAUCUUGACACCAUAUCUGCUUCAAACAAAUUAAUCAACAACAACAAUAAUAAUAAUAUAAACACUAACUUCAACUCCAACAACUCCAACAAUAUCAACUUGAUCAAAACUCCUCAGUUUAAUUUAGAUGAUUAUGUAAAUUUGUUCUCGCCAUCUCCAAGACAAAUUCAAAUCUCUCAAUUAUUCAACUUAUCUGCGAUUCCUUCCAACAUCAAUCAAUCUAAUUCUCUUAAUCCCACAACAACUAAUACUUUAACCGCUUCUCAAAACGAAAAUGAAAAAUUACUUCUUUCUGAUGAUCCCUCUUUAUAAAAUGCUAAUGAUUUUACUUAUCUUAUUCAAUCUUAAUUUAUCUUAAUUUAUUUAAUCUAAUUUGGUUGUUCUUUUAACAUAUAUAUAUAUAUAUAUAUAUAUGUAUAUAUCUAAUUUCUUUUUCCUAUCUAUCUACUAGCUUGUUUUUUUUUGAGUUUCUGAGUUUUUCACUUUCACUUUCACUUUUACUUUUACUUUCACUUCUACUCUCUUUUUACUCUCUUUAUUCUUAUUUCUUGUGUUCGACAAAGGUGCUGUUCAUUUCAGGUUAAUUGCGUGUUUUCUUCAACAAAAUGUACUAUACAAUCAAAAACUAGAACUUGCUAAUCUAUUU